AUGGAUUAAACCAAAGAGGAGAUGCAAGAUUCUUAGCAAAGUAAAAAUGAAAGAAUAUCUCGAAUUAUUAGGAGAACUAAUAUACCUUUCAUGAUUUCAUAAAACUCUUUCAACUAAUACUCUUAGAUUUAAGUUUCUAAAGUAUUUGGAGAUUUAUAGCAGCAUGAUUCACAAAGAGUUCCAUUACUAAAGUAAAAUUGCCUGCUUGAAUUCAUAAAGAAUCUUUAUCCAAACAACCUUGGUAAUUAAAAUAAGUUUAAAAACUUCUAAUACUUCUGCUAAUGUACAAAUAAUGCAUAAUCCUACAGUUUAGUAAUUUAUGGAAUCGAUACACCAAUAUCUAUCUGCUGCAAGUAGUUGAUAUGCUUCUAAUUCUGUAUGGGUGAAAGUGCAUUAAAAAUUUUAUGCCUGGAUCCAAUAUGUCAGUUCAAUCCUUUAGAGCAAAAGCAAAUUAACUCAUAAUUUUUAGAUACGAUUUUCAGCACACCUAAUGAGAUAGUUCAUGAUGUUAGAGAUAAAUCAAACCAAUAAUCAUAGCUGUAUGACUCCUCAUAUUAUGAGCAAAGUAACAAUGAAAUCAUUGGUAAAAGAAGAAAAUCAGUGUUUGAAAACUUCAGUAAAAAUCAUAACAAUACCUUAGAUUCAACAAUUCAACAUUUUAAUAAUGAAUCUGCUAUCAAUAUCAACAACAUCAGCCAAGAUUCAUUUAGAGAUGCUUAGUAAAUUGAACUCACUCAGUAGGACAACUUCUCUUUCUGCUGGGCUGCUGGAUGCAUUAAUAUGAGUUUAAGUCUUGUCUUCUAGGCAGUAGCACAUCAUUCAAAAAAACUAGAUGCAGUUGGAAAAGACUCCAUGUUAAGAGCAGUCAGUGUCCAUCAAAUAUCAUCUCUUGGAUUUAUAUUACUCUCAAUGAAAGGAGCACCACUACAAUUAACAUGCCUACUUAGUGCAGCAACAUUCCUUUUCCCUUAUGUUAUUUAUUACCAAGCUAUUUUGAAUAAUGGUCAAAGAGUGAUGCUAACAAGCAUGGUUCCAAAAGGUGGAGUGAUGCAUAUGAUGUUUUGGAUCAGCAUGGGAUUAUUUUAUUUCAACAACCCUAAACAGAAUUUUCGAUUUGGGAACAAUUUUUAUGCUCCAAGUAUGACUGAUAGUAGCAAUUUUUCUGAUUCCAAUAUUGAUCAAAGCAAUGAAUCUGAAAAAUAUAUUGAUUGUAAAAGUGAUUGUUCUCAUUGUAAUAAGGAAGAAAUUAAACAGAACUCAGAUCUUUUGGCACUACAAACAGAACUCUAAGCCAUGAAAAAUUAGCAUUGGCAACCUAACUUAAAUGUCUUUGAAAGAAGUCAAUAUGAGAUAAAUCAAAAUGACAGCUAGUUUGAUUUACUUAAAGAUAAGAUAAGGAUCAUAAAUGAGAGAAGUUUAGAUUUAGACGACAUAGACAUUGAUUAAUUGAGUUCAUCGCGGAAAAGAAGAAAGCCUAAUGAAGAUAGUGAAUUUAGACUAGUAGACAAUAAGGCUAUUAUAGACAUGGGAAGAGUAUUGGCAAGUGUCGAUAAAUAACUAUAACGAGAGAAAGAGGAGAGCAAAAGAUAAUCAUACACGACAUCACCUGUAGAUCAACUUUAAAAUUUAUCUUUUGGGAAGGAUCAACAAUAAAACAACAUCUCUAAGGAUAAGAAUAAUCCACUAGAGUUUUCAUCAAAAUCCCGACAGACAGUCCUAAAUUUUAGCAAGGAUAAGAACUACCUUUAAAGACUCGCAGAAUCUAGUUCUAAAUAUAAGUAAUCUAAGCAGCACUCAUAGUAAUUUAAACAGAAUCAAAAUUGCGAGGUGCAUGGUGUUCUUCUUGGAAGUGGUUGUAAGUAUUGCAAUGAAGAAAAAUUAAUGAAUUAAAAACAAGAAUAUCAGAAUUAAGAAGAGGACAUGGAUAAAAUAACCCAAUCUUUGAAAAGAGUGACCAUUUAUGAUCUAUCACCAAAAACCAAUCAAGGGAAUGAUUGCAGCAAAGUUUAUCAUAGUAACUAGGAAUUCGAAUUAAACAUCAAGAAUUAGAAUGAUAAUCAUCUUAACUUUGAUAGCUUUGACCUAAAGUAAUAAGAAUCGAAGAAAAGAAAAUACGAAGAGAUAACAAAUUCUAACUAAAAUAACUUCAAUAAUGAAUAAGAAUAGUAGAAUAUUUCAAAUUUCCUUAACUCUAAUAAGAAGAAUUCAAUUCAAGAUUUCAACAAUGUGUUUUUGGAUAAUCUUAAUGCUUAGAAAUAAUUUCAACCGUACAAGGCUGAUGUAAAUAUGAAUCACGGUAAUAAUAAUAGCAGCACUAAUAACAAUUAUCUCGAUAGCCAAAGAUAAAGAUUCAUGGAUACCUAAUCCACUCCAUCAAUGAGUAUAACUCAUGAUUAUUUAGAUAGACAACAGAAUUAAUUGACUAUAAAACUAGAUGAUAUAAAGAAUACUGUAAGUGAAGCCAAACUAGUUUCUAUAAUAAGUUAGCUAUAUGAUGAAAUACAACCAGAUUAGCUAAGUAAAAUGGAAAAUAUUGUAGUAUAAUAGAAGCAAGAAGACCAAGAUUAAAUCAAUAAAGUCUAUUUAAAUUUCAUACUCAAAUAGCUUCUUAAGGAUUAUAAAAACGAGGAUUAAGACUCUGAUUUAGUGAUUUUAUCGAGAAAUCAUCGUUACUGGUUAAGCAAAAAGUCUCUACAUUAUCUUUAUCAUUGUUAAAGACUAAAUGACGAGCAAAAACUUUUCCAUUUCUUCGACAGCUUUUUUUUCUUGAAGCUGUCAUAUUAAAUUGAUACAAACACCUAUAAUUUCAUCGAUUUCGCUUCAUACUUUGACAAAUCUCACUUCUAAUCCCCAAAGAUUGUAGCUUAGCAGUCAGUAAUGAUAUUUGUGGUGAAUAAUGAAGAAGAUGAUUUCGUCUUAAUAGUAGUUGAUAUCUAUACACAGUAGUUCAUAGUGUAUGACCCUAUUCAAGGUCGGUAAAAGGAGACAUUCUUACUUCAUGUCAAGAAAAUUAAGAGAUUUCUGACCGAUUAUUUUCAAUGCUUCCCACCAAAGAAAUUAGAAGAGUUACAGUAAUCUCAAAUUGAACAAUAGUAAGAUAUUGAAGAUUUAAUGAGUUUCAAAAGUGCUAGCAUGAAUAGUCAUUAGUAGGAUGAACUAUUAAUUGAGCUGCAGCUAGACAGAGUAGACCAGUGGCUAUUUACUUCUGGAAGCUGCUUUAAGAUUAAUGAUCAAUAUUUUCAAUAGCAUGGUUCUGGCAUUUUCAUUGUCUGGUAUUUAGACUAAUUAAGCCAGUGUCUCAUGCCACAAAGGUCUUAGAAUUUUUAAAACGAAGAAAUCUAGGAUCUCUAUUCGAGAUUAAGUGUAGAACUUUUAACAUCUCAACUACUAUCAUAUAUUUGA